UUAUUUACUCUAAUAAUUAAGCUUUUAAAUUACUGUUUCUUCACCCUUUUUUUAAAUUUAUCUUUGAUAAAACCCAUAAGAGAGAAAUGAAGAACAAUUCAAUGCAGACAGAGUUCAUUCUUUUGGGUUUGACAGAUGACCCUGAGUUGCAAGUUGUAAUUUUCCUCUUUCUAUAUUUUACAUACAUACUGAGUGUGACAGGGAACUUAACCAUCAUCAUUCUCACUCUGCUGGAUUCCCGCCUUAAGACACCAAUGUAUUUCUUCCUACAAAAUUUCUCUUUUUUAGAAAUCUCAUUCACAACCUUUUGCAUUCCAAGAUUCCUGGUGAGCCUUGUGACAAAGGAUGAAACUAUUUCCUAUGUGAGUUGUAUGACUCAGUUAUUUUUUUUCAUCUUUUUGGGGGUAACUGAAUUUUACCUCCUGGCUGCCAUGUCUUAUGAUCGCUAUGUGGCUAUCUGUAAACCCCCUCAUUAUACCACCAUCAUGAGUAACACAGUUUGCUACAAACUUGUAUUCAGCUCUUGGAUAACUGGAUUCCUGAUUAUCUUUCCCCCAGUGAUCUUGGGACUCAAGUUGGAAUUCUGUGCUUCCAAUGUCAUUGAUCAUUUUAUUUGUGAUUCAUCUCCCGUCUUGCAGAUAUCUUGCUCAGAUACACAUUUCCUAGAACUAAUGUCUUUUUUCUUGGCUGUAACGACAUUAAUGGUCACUUUGAUGUUAGUGAUAUUUUCCUAUGGCUAUAUCAUCAAGACAAUUCUCAAAUUCCCUUCUGCUCAGCAAAGGACAAAAGCCUUUUCUACCUGUUCUUCCCACAUGAUUGUGGUUUCCAUCUCUUACGGCAGCUGUAUCUUCAUGUACAUUAAACCAUCAGCAAAUGAUAGAGUGACUUUAAGCAAAGGAGUAGCUGUGCUCAAUACCUCAGUGGCCCCCUUAUUAAACCCCUUCGUUUACACUCUAAGAAAUCAGCAAGUGAAACAAGCCUUCAAGGACAUGGUCCAGAAAGUUUUAUUUACUUUAAACAAAUAA